AUGUACUAUGCGGCGCUGGAGCGUGCGCGCGGGGACGCGGACACGCGCCCCGUGCCCGACAGCCCGCUGACGGUGCUGGCGAAGCGCGUGACGGGGCGCAGCGCGCGCAUCGUGUAUCCUGACGGGCGGCGUCGCAGGCUGUGGGGAUCGGGGGGGUCGAGCCUGCCUGCGUCCGACGAAAAGGUCGGGAGAGUCGGGAGAGUCGAGCGAGUCGAGGGGGUUGAGGAGAGAGUCCCGUCCGUCGCCUCUGCCGCCUCAGCCGAGGCGCCCGUCCCGACGCUGCUCGACGUACUCGCCCCGCCAGAGCGCGAGACCGCGUACCGCCUCCUCCGGUCCGCGAGCUGGCAGCUCGUCUUCUUCCUCAUCACGACCGACGUGCUGGGAUGGUAUACUGCGCCGAUGGCGUUCGCGCAGCUCGGAUACGGGCCCGGCGUGCUCGUCUACACGUGCUUUUGGGCGCUGGCGUUUGCGAGCGGCCAAAUCCUUUGGCGCAUGUAUCUCGCCCUCGACAGCGAGCGGUAUCCCGUCAAGUGCUACGCGGACCUGGGCGAGCGGACGUACGGCACGGCCGUGCGGCACCUCUUCAACGUCCUCCAGUCGCUGCAGCUCGUCUUCAACACGGCCAUGCUGAUCAUCAUGAGCGGCUCGGGGCUCGCGGAAAUCAUCGACUGGAAGUUCUGCUAUCUCGCACUCAACGUCUUCUUCGCGCUCCUCGGCGCCGUCUUGUCGCAAAUCAAGACGAUCCGCGGCCUCGGCCUCUUCACCGUCAUCGGCACGGCGAUCAACAUCCUCGUCAUGGCGCUCACCAUGGCCGGCGUGGCGCUGUACGACCCCGUGCCGAGCCAAAGCGGGCACGCAGACCUGUCGGCCCCGCGCGUCGUCGCCGGCUGGGUACCCGCCUCGCGCGGAUGGUACCAGCAGGUCUCGGGGUGCAUGCUCGCGGUGUACGCGUACGGCGGCGCGAUGAUCUUCACCGAGUUCAUGGCGGAGAUGCGCCGCCCGCGGCACUUUUGGAAGGCCGCGCUCGGCGCCCAGUUCCUCUGCUACGCGCUCUAUAUGCUCUUUGGCAUAUUCGUCUACUCGUUCCAGGGGCAGUACACCAACAUCCUCCCCACGGUCAACAUCGACAGCAUCCUCUUCCAGGGCCUCACCAACAUCCUCGGCCUGAUAUGCAUCACCAUCAUCGCGGUCAUGUACGCCCACAUCGGGUGCAAGGUGCUGUAUCGCAAUGUAUUGCGCGGGUACUUUGGCGCACCGAGCCUCGCGGCCGCAAAGAGCACGGCGUAUUGGUCCGCCCUCGUGUGCGCGUACUGGGCUGUCGCGUGGGUCAUUGGCAGCGCCAUCCCCAAUAUCGCAGACCUCAACACCGUCAUCGGCGGCGCGUGCAUUCUCCAGUUCACGUACACGUUCCCUGCUGCAAUGCUCGUCGGGCACUGGGUGCAGCGUGAUGCGAUCAAAGGGGACACCCAGUGGGAGCCAGGAGUGCAGCCAUGGUCCAACCGCAUCGACAGCUGGCGCGAUGCCAGUCGCUGGCGCCGUGGAUUUAGGCGAUAUUGGUACGCCAAGAUUACCUUGGUCGUGUUUGUACUGGGCGCGCUGUCGCUGUGCGGCCUCGGCAUCUACUCGGGCGUCGUCAGCGCGCAGGAGAGUUUCCGCAGUGGACGGACUACGAGCUUCUCGUGCCGCGCGCCGGGGCAGCCGGCGAACAAGUAG